UUUACCCCUUGCAUGUUCGGACUGAUACGUUCGUCCGUGAUCAGAACACAAAGGGGUAAACCCUGGCCGUUACUAACACCUUGUCGCCACGUUUCUUCCAUGGCUUCCUCUGCUACUCUUCUGGGCCCACCGGCCGUCGCCGGUGGUUUACGGCCUGUAGAACCGGAGUUCAAAUCGCUGGAAAGCAGCGGUUCCAGCUUGCCAGGCUUGAUCUCCCCGACCGCCGCGCUGAGCCUCGACGGAAACCCGCCGAUGGGUCUGACGGAAAACCUCUCGCCGACGUUUCUCUCCUCCGGCAAUCCAUGCCUGGAUUUCUUCUUCCACAUCGUCCCUGACACGCCUCCCGAUGAGCUGAUCCGGCGGAUGUCGCUGUCCUGGGCCCACGACCCAUUGACCACGCUGAAGCUCGUCUGCAACCUCCGUGGAGUUCGAGGGACCGGAAAAUCCGACAGGGAGGGGUUCUACACGGCGGCGUUCUGGAUGUUCCAGAACCAUCCCAAAACCCUAGCUUUGAAUCUUCAAGCCCUCGUGGAAUUUGGGUAUCUCAAGGAUUUGCCCGAGAUUCUGUAUCGGAUCAUGGAAGGACAGCAGGAGGAGCGAGGGAUGAAUCGAAGUUGGCGGAAGAAGAUCCAGAGGAAAUUCAAGAGGGAAAGGGAGAGAAAAUCCAAACUUUCCGGAGAAACCGAAGAAAGAAUCCUGGAAAACGCCGAGGAAAUCUGUGAUCCGAACGACAAGGAGAAAGCUAGGGCUUUGCGGAAACAGAGAGAAUUCGACAAGGCGAAGCGAGCCCUAGAGAGGUAUAACUCUGAUGCUAGUUACAGACUCUUAUUCGACAGUGUCUCGGAUUUGUUUGCUGAAAUGCUGAAAUCGGAUUUGAAGUACCUGAGUUCGAACGAGCUGAAUAAAGUUAGCUUAGCCUCGAAAUGGUGCCCUUCUAUCGAUUCUUCGUACGACAAAUCCACGUUGAUAUGCGAGGCCAUUGCUCGGAGGAUUUUCCCUCGCGAGAAAGAGUACGAUGAAGGUGUGGAAGAAGCACACUAUGCUUACAGGGUCAGGGACAGAUUGAGGAAGCAAGUUCUUGUCCCAUUGCGUAGGGUUCUUGAAUUGCCAGAGGUGUUUAUGAGUGCCAACGAGUGGAAUUCGCUGAAGUACAACAGGGUUGCCUCCGUGGCGAUGACGAACUACAAGGAACUGUUCGAGAAGCACGAUAAGGAGAGGUUUGCAGAGUAUUUGGAGAAUGUCAGAUCCGGAAAGGAGAAAAUGGCGGCCGGGGCCUUGCUUCCUCACCAGAUAGUCAACCAGCUUGUCGAAGGCGGUACCGGUGAGGAAGUUGCAGAGCUUCAGUGGGCGAGAAUGGUGGAUGAUCUCUCCAAGAAGGGGAAGCUGAAGAACUGUAUGGCGGUUUGUGAUGUAUCGGGAAGCAUGUCGGGGACGCCGAUGGAGGUCUGUGUGGCGCUCGGUUUGCUGGUCUCGGAACUGAGUGAAGAGCCGUGGAAAGGGAAAGUCAUCACCUUUAGCGAGAACCCGCAGCUAUAUGUCGUCGAGGGCGAGACCCUGAAGGAGAAAACCGCGUUUAUCAGGGAGAUGGAAUGGGGGAUGAACACGGAUUUCCAAAGGGUGUUUGACCGGAUCCUGGAAGUUGCAGUGGAGAGCAACUUGACCGACGAUCAGAUGAUCAAGCGGCUGUUCGUGUUCAGCGACAUGGAGUUCGACGACGCUACGGGGAAGGUAAGGGUCGAGCGAGAGUCCGGCCUGACGUACUUGGAAAUGGAGGAGAUGGCGAAGAGACGGGCCGAGGAGAGAUGGGAGACGGAUUACGAGGUUGUCCGGAGGAAGUACGGGGAGAAGGGGUUCGAGAAAGUGCCGGAGAUGGUGUUUUGGAACCUGAGGAGCUCGUCGGCGACGCCGGUGGUGGCGAAGCAGAAGGGAGUGGCGAUGGUGAGCGGUUUCUCCAAGAAUUUGCUCACUAUGUUCCUGGAGGAAGGUGGUAUUGUCAAUCCUGAGCAAGUCAUGGUGUUGGCCAUUAAUGGCAAAGAGUACCAGAAGCUUGUUAUCCAUGACUGAUGAUGAUGAUGCAAUAUCCAUAUAUAUAUAUAUAUAUACAUAUGUAUAAUGAGAUGCGGUUUUUGGGUGAUAGAUACUAUUUCGAUUUCGGUUGUGUUGUUACAUUCCGGUUUAAAAAAAGUAUACUGAGUUCGGUUUGGUUUUAUUUUGA